AUCCGGUCCGGGAGUUACCGCCCCCUCGCCUCCGUGCCGCUGGCUCUAGGCAGCUGUUCGGAUCCGGUCCUGUGAAUGGUUUUGGCCGCGUUUUCAUGUAGGACCUACUCCCUACCCCACCUGCUGCGGCUGGGCUUCAUCACCAACCAGCUGCAGUCCCUUCUGUGUCCUGGACUCCGGAUACGUAGACUCUCAGUACUUUGUGCUCAGCCCAGGAAAUCUGAGAAUCCUGCCUAUGCCAUCCACAGGCCCAGAGCCAUGGCUAGCUCCUCAUCCUCUUGGGAACUGCCCCUAGUAGCUGUGUGCCAGGUAACAUCAACACCAGACAAGCAACAGAACUUUAAAACAUGUGCUGAGCUGGUUCGGGAGGCUGCCCGACUGGGUGCUUGCCUUGCUUUCCUGCCUGAGGCAUUUGACUUCAUUGCACGGGACCCUGCUGAGACACUCCGCCUGUCCGAGCCACUGGGUGGGAACCUUCUGCAAGAGUAUACCCAGCUUGCCAGGGAAUGUGGACUCUGGCUGUCCUUGGGUGGUUUCCAUGAGCGUGGCCAAGACUGGGAGCAGACUCAGAAAAUCUACAACUGUCAUGUGCUUCUGAACAGCAAGGGAUCAGUAGUGGCCACUUACAGGAAGACGCAUCUGUGUGAUGUAGAGCUUCCGGGGCAGGGACCUAUGCGUGAAAGCAACUCUACCAUACCUGGGCCCAGUCUUGAGUCACCUGUCAGCACCCCAGCAGGCAAGAUUGGUCUAGCUAUCUGCUAUGACAUGCGGUUCCCUGAACUCUCUCUGGCAUUGGCUCAAGCUGGAGCAGAAAUACUUACCUAUCCUUCAGCUUUUGGAUCUAUUACAGGCCCAGCCCACUGGGAGGUGUUGCUGAGGGCCCGUGCCAUUGAAACCCAGUGCUAUGUAGUGGCAGCAGCACAGUGUGGACGCCACCAUGAAAAGAGAGCAAGUUAUGGCCACAGCAUGGUGGUGGACCCUUGGGGAACAGUUGUGGCUCGCUGCUCUGAGGGACCAGGCCUCUGCCUCGCUCGAAUCAACCUCAACUACCUGCAACAGGUUCGCCAACAUAUGCCUGUGUUUCAGCACCGCAGGCCUGACCUCUAUGGCAACCUGGGUCACCCACUGUCGUAAGGUUUUUGACUGUGCAAAUUGAGACCCCCACUGUGAGGUGGUGCUGCUGUGAUUGUAGGCAGGACCCAAGCACAGCUCCCCUCACUUGGGAAACCUUGAGUGUCUUCAUGGAACACAGGUUCAACUUCUUGGGGAAAGGAAAAGGCUUUCACCUGAGCUCAGAUUUCAGCUUCAGAAAAGUGGAAUUUUAUAUAGUCAUUGUUUAUUUCAUGAAAACUGAAGUUACGCUGAGGGCUGACCAGCACUAGCAUUGAAAAAAAAUAUAAUAAUCAUAAAGUCUG